AUGGACCGAUUAAAGAAAUUCGUGAAUGAGAAGAAAAUUGAAAAAAGCUUCAAGAAAGCUGGUGUGGGCCAUAGGCUUACGGAUGAUUCAUCAGUUCAUGCAUCAAAUCCGAAACAACCAAACUGGGAUGCUCGUUUCCAGCCAGAAUUAUCAUCGGCAAAAUGUUUGGCGACAUCUGAUAUCGCAGCUGAGGCAGCUUAUAAAAGAAUGAAUGUAGGUACAACCAAGGAGUCUUUGACGCAAAGAAAUAUACGGUUACGGGCAUUGAAAGAACUAGAAGCCGAAAAAAAAGGCAAUCAACAAACAAAUGAAGUGACAACUGAACCGAAAAUUAAUGUAAAAAAAGACCAGGCUUUUGAGCAUGGUAGUGCCAUCAGUGGUGUUUAUUUUACUUGUGAUAUUCUAGGUGACGCACAACUGACGAAGAGUGAAGUACUAAGAAAGGUAGAAGAAUUUCUACGAAGUAGAAUGGAUCAGGAUCCUAUGACUGCAUCAUCAUUAAUGAUUUUCACUCUGAACUCUUACGAAAAAAUACAGAUCUGUUCAGCAACAAUCCAGAAAUAUUUGCAAAAUCUUAUUGAAUGUCCUGAUGAAGCGAAAUAUCGCAGAAUUCGAUUGAACAAUAAAGCUUUUCAAGAACGCGUGUUAUCUGUGUGUGGUGGAAAAGAAUUUUUACUCGCUUCUGGUUUUGAAGAAAUGGAGCUCAGUGUGAAUGAGCAGAAGGAACUCUUUCUUGUUAUGACGGAUGAGAGUGUAAUGAAUCUACAUUUGCUGAUUCAGGCUGUGGAAUUUCUACAGGCUGGUAAAGCUGUGCCUAUAAAGCUUUCUCGAAAUAUGAUUGUCUACAAACUUGAACCCAAUCAAGUUAUCACUAAUCCUCAACUACCGCAUGAAUUUUUUGAAUUAGAUGCUGCUGAAAUCAAAAAAGAACAGCUUCGAAAAGAAGCCGAUGUAGAAAAGCUUCUUACAUUGCGAACAGAAGAAAUGCGGAAUAAAGAUAAGAUACUACGUAACAAUCGCUACAAAUACACCCUGAUUAGAAUAAGGUUUCCUGACCGUUUCCUCCUGCAGGGCACAUUUCGAUGCUGUGAACCUUUCAGUGCAGUGCGCAACUUUGUGGAACAACAUUUGUCGGCUUCGGAAAGCAUAGUUUUUGAUUUAAUUGAUCCAGUCUCUGGAAAAAUCAUCAGUGACUACACAAAAACACUGAGUGAAUUAAGCCUUUUUCCCGCAGCAGUUUUACAUUUUGAAUGGGAUGUAAAUGCUCAUCAGCAAAAACGAAAUACAAAUAAGGUUAUUGAAUUAGAAAUCCAGAAUUGCUUUUGUGGUUAUUAA